CCCUCUUUCGUUGUGUAUUCGGAUUCGAUUCGCGUAUACACUUUUUUUCGCCAGGCUUUCCAUUGAUUUUUCGCUGUCCGCAUCCUCCUGAACCGGAGUCCAGGGAAGUUACGGCGCAUUAGGACAGAGAUCCAUCUCCAUCUGCGUGAGAGCCAGCGAGCAGAGCCAUGUCCGAGAGCGCCGUGCCAGCGAGCAAUGCGAACGCAAACGCCAGCGAGAAGAUGGCCAGCUUGGUGCGGGAGGCGGAGAACCUGAAGACCAAGCUGGAGGAGGAGCGCCAAAAGCUGAACGACGUCAACCUGUCGAAUAUCGCGGAGCGCCUGGAGCAGAUUGCCUACGUGAACAUCAAGCCGCGCAAGGUGCUCAAGGGCCACCAGGCGAAGGUCCUGUGCACUGACUGGAGUCCCGACAAGCGUCACAUCAUCUCGUCCUCGCAGGACGGCCGCCUGAUCAUCUGGGAUGCGUUCACCACGAACAAGGAGCACGCCGUUACCAUGCCCACGACCUGGAUCAUGGCCUGUGCUUAUGCGCCAUCGGGAAACUUCGUGGCCUGCGGUGGGUUGGACAACAAGGUGACCGUCUACCCGAUCACCUCCGACGAGGAGAUGGCCGCCAAGAAGCGCACCGUGGGCACUCAUACCAGCUACAUGUCGUGUUGCAUCUACCCUAACUCGGACCAGCAGAUCCUCACGGGAAGCGGUGAUUCCACGUGCGCCCUGUGGGACGUGGAGUCGGGCCAGCUGCUGCAAAGCUUCCACGGUCACUCCGGCGACGUGAUGGCCAUCGAUCUGGCCCCCAACGAGACGGGCAACACCUUCGUCUCCGGCAGCUGUGACCGCAUGGCCUUCAUUUGGGACAUGCGCUCGGGCCAUGUGGUGCAGUCCUUCGAGGGCCAUCAGUCGGAUGUGAAUAGCGUCAAGUUCCAUCCGUGCGGCGAUGCCAUUGCCACCGGCUCGGACGACAGCAGCUGCCGGCUGUACGACAUGCGGGCGGAUCGCGAGGUGGCCGUCUUUGCCAAGGAGAGCAUCAUCUUUGGCGUGAACUCUGUGGACUUUUCGGUCAGCGGACGUCUGCUGUUUGCCGGCUACAACGACUACACCGUCAACCUGUGGGACACACUCAAAUCGGAGCGCGUCUGCCUGCUGUAUGGGCACGAGAACAAGGUGUCCUGCGUGCAGGUCUCGCCCGAUGGCACUGCCUUGUCCACCGGCAGCUGGGACUAUACCAUUCGCGUGUGGGCCUAAACCCAUAUGUUACCAUAUAUUGUUGGGGCGCAUCUAAGAUGCCGCCUCGCCCUGAACUCUCAUUCUAGUCAUUGUUUUUCCUCCCCUACUCCCGUUUUUUUUUUGUGCGUCUCUAGGAUAGUGUUAGGCGGAACUGGACUGGCCAAUGUGUACAUAUGUCUCAUGUCAGAACUCCAGCCUCUGUCUGGGAUACCGCGGUGUUAUUGUGCUUAUUAACUGCUGUACUAUAAUGAUAUAUGAUAUAUACAUACCGGAUCUGUAACCAUUAUGCGGAUAGUUAUAAGUUCCUGUUCCAAAAUAAAUGUUGAGCGAUAGCAAGGCUUAGUUUACUCUGCUGUUACGGUGACAA